AUGUCAUCUUUAUUCACUGGCACGGCGCAGGUCUCACACAAGACCAAGCUGCCCGCCGGCGUGACCAAGGCCUCGGCGGUAGCAAUGCUGCACGACCACGCCUUCUACCUCGAGUGCGACCCGCAUCUGGUCAAGUACAGCGCGCUGGACGCGGACAAGGUGGCGUCGCUCAAGAAGACGUCCAAGCUGCCCAAGGGCAUCGGCGGCGGCGGCGGGUCAGAGACCAGGUACUACGAGGUCCACGACCUCGUGCACAACCUGCCGGGCGGCUUGUGGGACUCCAACGUGGUCAGCAGCUACGAGAUGACCGACACGCCGGAGGGCGUCUUCGUCCGCAUCCGCAGCCCCAUGAGCGUCGUCAUGGACACGUACUGGACCAUCAGGGAGAUGCCCGCCGGCGAGGUGGCUGAGAAUGGCGACAAGACGCCCGGCGGGCUGGCCAUCGUGGAGGAGAUCACCAUCAUCGCGCCGAGGCUGGUCGUCGGCAUCGUCAAGGGGCUUUGCGAGGGCGGCUGGAAGAAGAUUCACGACAAGAUGCUCACGCGGUUCCAGGCACCCGGUCAGGCUGCGGCUGCAUCCAUCCCGCCAGCGGCUCCGGUUCAGGCGGAAAGUUGA